AUGGCACCUUCCGUUCUGGAGAUUACACCCUUGCCGGAACAAACUCCACCUAGAGAACCAUCCCCCGCAGAGGUUGAAGAUGGAUACUAUCAACCUAUUCCUUCGCGACGCUGGUAUUCUCUUAUCCUCGAUAUUCUCGACCCUAUGACUCUGAGACAACGUUCUUCUCACGCUCAUCCUCAUCAUAUCUUUACGGAUGAGAGACCUCGUACUUCUUUAUCCGCCAAGAAAGAGCAAUAUGUCGUCACCGAAACGCCUAUACCGGAGCCAGGACCGACACCAACGCUCGAGAAGAGACAUCGAGUAAUUGCAGUUAUCAGACUGGCAUGCAUACUCGUUCCUGUGACUGUGUUGUGUCUAUUUGGUAUUCUGCAUAUUGUGUCGUUCGCUUUGAACGGACAUGCCUUGCUAUUGCAAGACGAUCUUGACUUCUUGCCUGAUUGGGGACAUCCGGGCAAGAUUGGUGCGGGCCUCGCACACUACCCUACUGAUGCUACCCGGGAUGUCAUGCCUAUCCCGGUGCAUUCUCACAAUGAUUACUGGAGGCGGAUACCCCUGUACGAGGCCUUGCAUUACGGAUGUACCGGUGUAGAGGCAGAUGUCUGGCACGUUGGAGACGAUCUAUUCGUGGGCCACAGCACAUCUGCCUUGACCCCCAAUCGUACAUUCAGAAGUCUCUAUGUCGAUCCUCUCAUCGCUCUGCUGGAUAAGCAAAAUCCCCUCACUGCAUUCGCAGAUACUAAGAACCACGGCGUCUUUGACGAGGAACCAGAUCAGACACUAGUCUUGCUAGUCGAUCUCAAGACUGAUGGCCCCACUACGUUCCAAAAAGUACAAGAGCAACUCGAAGGUCUUCGCUCGAAAGGCUACCUCACCUAUUUCAACGGCACACACACGGUUCCUGGUGCGAUUACCGUGGUCGGCACAGGAAACACUCCUUUCGAUCUCUUGACGGCCAACACUACCUACCGCGACAUCUUCUAUGAUGCUCCCCUAGGCAUGCUCUACGAACCCUCUCCGAUCACCCUAACCGACCUCAACGUCGACCCCUCCCUAUCCAAUCUAGCAGAAAUCGACGACUACCACCCUUCCUCAGCAGGUCAAGGCAAAACAGGUCUUCCUGCAGAUACCCCUGCUUCCGCCUUCAACGCAACCACAUCCUACUACGCCAGCUUGAACUUCAAAAGAUCCGUCGGCCGUGUUUGGCGAGGGAAGUUAUCGGAGAGACAGAUGAAGAUAAUCCGUGGGCAAAUCAGGGGUGCCAAGAAGGCGGGCCUGAAAGCAAGGUAUUGGAACACACCAAAAUGGCCCGUCAGUCUUCGCAACCACAUCUGGCAUAUCUUGGUGGAGGAAGGUGUAGGUAUGCUCAACGCCGAUGACCUAGAGGGCGCAGCUAUCGAGGACUGGAGACGAUGGAAGCACGAAUGGUAUGUUUGA